AUGGAUCAACUAAUCUCCUACCUCCCGCAGCCUCUGCUCGACAUCGUCGACACCCACGGGUCCUGUGUUACCGCCGAACACGCCCAAUGGGCUGGCGUCGCGCUCGUCUCCCUGGCCGCCAUCUACGCGGGGUACCUCUACAUUCAAUGCCUGAAAGAGGCCGCGGUGUCGUUCAAUGUGCCAUUGCCAGCGGAAGUGCGCAAUAGCGCCGGUGGAAAGAAGUGGGGGGAGGUUACUGGGGCGGAGAAGCGCGUGCUGGAGGAUCAGGUUCGAGGGGUCUGGAAUGACAAAUUGAUUAUGAGCUACUGCCCUGCCGAUGGACGUGUCCUAGGUAAUGGUAUCAAGCCAGCGACGGUGGAGGAUGUCAAUGUUGCUGUUCAAGCUGCAAAGGCUGCGCAGCCGGAGUGGGCGAAGACCAGUUUUGCUGAGCGCAGGAAGGUUCUUCGCACUCUGUUGAAAUACGUCCUCGAUCACCAAGAUGACAUCGUAAUCGCAUGCUGCCUCGACUCCGGAAAGACCAAAGUGGAUGCCUCCUUUGGCGAGAUCCUCGUCACCGCUGAAAAGCUCAAAUGGACUAUCGAUCAUGGCGAGAAGGCGCUGUUGCCGUCGCGCCGGCCGACCAAUUUCCUGAUGAUGUACAAGAAGAACAUGGUGACCUACGAGCCUCUCGGAGUCGUCUCUGCAGCUGUUUCAUGGAACUAUCCCUUCCACAACUUCAUCGGACCCGUCAUUAGCGCACUCUUCGCCGGCAAUAGCAUCAUCGUCAAGCCCUCCGAGCAGACAGCCUGGUGCACCGCAUACUUCCUUGACAUCGUCCGCGGCGCCCUCUCCAGCUGCGGCCACUCACGCGACCUCGUCCAAACCGCCGUCUGUCUCCCCGCCGUCGCAGACAAGCUAACCUCACACCCGGAAAUCGCCCACAUCACCUUCAUCGGCUCCCGCCCCGUCGCGCACAAAGUCUGCGCAUCAGCCGCCAAAUCCCUAACCCCAGUCUGCGUCGAACUUGGCGGCAAAGACCCCUCUGUAAUCCUAGACGACGCCCGCACAAUCCGCAACCUCCCCGCCAUCUCCUCAAUCCUCAUGCGCGGCGUCUUCCAAUCCGCCGGCCAGAACUGCAUCGGCGUCGAGCGCGUCAUCGCUCUCCCGGGUACAUACGACAAACUUAUCGACCUCGUCACCCCACGCAUCCGCGCCCUCCGUCUCGGGUCCAUCCUCCUCGACAAAACCACAACCCCAGACAUGGGCGCCAUGAUCUCCCCCGCUUCCUUCGAUAAACUAGAAGGUCUCAUCGCCGAAGCCGUCGGCCAAGGCGCCCGCCUCCUAGCAGGCGGCAAACGAUACACCCACCCCACCCACCAACACGGCCACUACUUCACGCCCACGCUCCUGGUCGACGUAACGCCGUCCAUGCGCAUCGCGCAAGAAGAACUCUUCGCGCCCAUCUUCCUUGUCAUGCGCGCCGACUCCCCCGCCGACGCAGUCUCAAUCGCAAACUCAACCCUCUACGCCCUCGGCGCAAGUGUCUUCGGCCACAACGCGACCGACGUGGCAACCUGCGUCCGCGGUAUCCAAGCCGGUAUGGUCUCCGUCAAUGACUUCGGCGCGUUCUAUGCCGUGCAACUCCCCUUCGGCGGUGUGAAGGGCUCCGGGUAUGGCCGGUUUGCGGGUGAUGAGGGUCUGCGCGGGUUGUGUAAUCUCAAGGCCGUUUGUGUGGAUAAGUUUCCUAAGGUUAUGGGAACGGCGAUUCCGCCGCGGGUGGAUUAUCCGAUUCAGAAGUCGGAGGGGGCUGCGGGGGCUAAGGAUGGUGUUUCGGCGUGGGAGAUGUGUAAGGGGGUUGUUGAGACGGGGUAUCAGAUCACGAUUGGGGGGCGUGUUGCUGGUAUUCUGCGGUUGUUGGGGAAUAUGUGA